AUGGCGACGGUCACGUCUACCCUAUCAUCGUCUGCUGCAGAUAUGGGCUCUACAGCAUAUCCAACCUAUGAUUCCGAACGACCAUUCUUGAAGCCAAUCGUUGCCGAUGGCACAACAUUCGCUCUGAAUGGCAGAAAUGUGUCGUAUCGCUUCCGUAGGGACUCCAAGACUGGUGACCUCCUCUCCGACCAUUUUGGUGGCACUGUGACAGAAAGUCCCGCCGUCCCAGGAACGACACCGCCGAGUGGUUGGUCAACAACGAGCCACCUACGACGAGAGUUUCCCGAACUCGGAAAAGGGGACUUUCGAAACCCAGCGGUAUUCCUGAAACAUCACGACCGUUCCACUGUCAGCCAUUUCAGAUAUCAGUCCUACAAAGUACUCGAUGGCAAACCGGAUUAUCCAGAACUGCCUGCGACCUUCGGCUCGAAUGAUCACGUCAAGACGCUAGUCAUCAGGAUGUACGACUCCUAUUCGCAUGUCGCGGCUGACUUGCUAUACUCGAUCUUUCCGGAGCACGAUGCCAUCGUAAGACGAGUCGUCCUGACCAACGAAAGUGAUAAGGACGUAGUUGUGGAGAAGCUGGCGAGUUUCUGCGUCGAUCUGCCCAGCGCAGAUUACGAUGUCGUUGGUCUUCGAGGCGAGUGGUCUCGUGAACGAUCACUUUUUCGGCGGAAGGUAGACUAUGGCAUGCAAAGCUUCGGUAGCAACACCGGCUUCUCCUCACACUUUUACAACCCUUUCCUCGCAGUUACAGCUUCAGACAGCAACGAGACGCAUGGAGACGUCUGGGCAUUCUCUCUGGUCUACACCGGAUCCUUCGCGGCCGAGGUCGAGAAGAGUCCGCACGGCAUUGUGCGAGCAGCAAUCGGCAUGAACAACUAUCAACUCUCGUGGUCACUUCAGCCCGGGCAGUCGAUAGCGUCACCUGAGUGUGUAGCAAUUUACUCCUCGUCCGGAAUGGGCAGCAUCUCGCGCAAUUACCACCGGCUGUACCGAGACCACUUGAUCAAGAGCAAGUUUGCGACCGAGCCUAAGCCGCCGUUGUUGAACUCCUGGGAAGGACUUUAUUUCGACUUUGACGAGACCAAGAUUGAACAGCUCGCAAAGUCGGCGGCUGGCCUUGGCAUGAAGCUAUUUGUGCUUGACGAUGGCUGGUUCGGCGUCAAGCAUCCACGAAUUGACGACAAAGGCGGACUCGGUGAUUGGGCGCCAAACCCUGCAAGAUUCCCAUCGGGGCUGAAGACCAUCGUCGAUCGGAUCACAAAACUGCCAGUGGCGAGGUCGGAACAGAAGCUACGAUUCGGCAUUUGGAUCGAGCCAGAGAUGGUCAGUCCGAAGUCGGAGCUGUACGCUGCACAUCCGUACUGGGUCAUGAGCGCCGGUUUGCAUGACAGGAGCGAAACGAGGAGUCAACUUGUUCUCAAUUUGGGUCUGCCCGAAGUCCAGGACUCGAUCAUCGAUUCGAUAACCACUCUUCUCAAGGGCGCAAAUGUUUCAUACGUCAAAUGGGAUCACAAUCGCGCCAUACACGAAAGCGCCUCACCUCAGUCUUACCAUGAGUACAUCAUUGGCAUGUAUCGAGUCUUCGACACCCUCACCAGCCGCUUCCCUGACAUUCUCUGGGAGGGCUGCGCCGCAGGAGGCGGUCGUUUCGACCCUGGUGUGCUUCAGUAUUUCCCUCAGAUCUGGGCAUCGGACAACAUGGACGGUCUCGAGCGCAUCAACAUUCACUUCGGCACAUCGGUCGUCUAUCCCUUAUCGACGAUCGCGGCGCAUGUAGCGCAUCACCGAGUCAUUCGACGAAACGCAGCCAGUCCUUGA